AUGACCACAACCUCAGUAUCUUCAGAACCUCUUUCAUCAAACUAUCUUUCCAACUACUCUUCAACAUCUUCCUUUCAUAAUUUUACUCGUAGACAUUCCAUUUACGGAACAGAAGAUAGAGUGGUUUUGGACAUUGGCUCGCUGUACAUCAAGUGUGGUUUUUCAGGUGAGUCUUCACCUAGACAUCUCGUGCCAACAUGGUCUUAUUUGGGCAAAUUAAGAGAUGGUGAUGGCGAAGUAAUGAGAGUUCAUAAAGAGUUGAACGAACUUUAUAGCCUCGACAUCAUGGCCAAAGGCAACCUGAACAACAUUGAAGAACGUCUCAAGAAGCUGCUCCAUGACAUUUAUUUUCGAUUACUAUUGACUGACCCCAAAUCACGUAAAGUGAUAAUAUGUGAAUCGCCUCUUGCACCAGUCAUUCUGAAGCAGAUGAUUGCUAAGCUACUAUUUGACUACUUCCAAGUGCCUUCCAUAUCCUUUGUGCCUAUUCACCUUAUGGCACUGAUGACUACUGGCAUCACCACCGGCCUCAUUAUCGAUGUCGGCAAUUUAGAAACCAGUGUACUGCCUAUCUACGUCUCACGACCCUUGAUCCCAUAUAUAUCCACAACACCAUUAGCCGGCAAAGCAGUGACAAAGCGACUUAAAGACCUUUUAUUUGAACAUGGGCGCUUCAUUCCCCCUUCCAACUUACACUUAUCACUUGCACCCCAUAAUAAUAUACCUGACAACAUCCUGACACCUGAAUUACUAGAAGAUAUCAAAACUCGAGUUAUUUUCUGUUCGCCACUGAUGAUUGGACAACAACAGCACCAAGAUCCAUCUUCAUUAUUAGAAGCUUACAAGAAUUUUAGUAGUGCGACUGAUUUGUAUUAUCCCAUCACCUUGAAAGAUGGCACUCGAGCUACACUCUUAUUGCCCGGUUGGAUUCGUGAAAGAGCAGUGGAAGUGUUAUUUGAGGGUGAUGAGGAUGAACCUAGCGUAGCACAAUGUAUUUUAGAUUCGCUGCUGAAACUGCAACCUGAUCUGCGUAAACCUUUAAUAUCGUCCAUGCUGUUCAUCGGUGGCACUUCACUUUUGCCUGGAUUUCAGUCAAGAAUGAAGCAAGAAUUGCUGCGAAUCAUGAGAGAUCCCUUGGAUUACGAAAAGAGACGCUAUGGAUCUUUACUGCGUUUGCAUAAAUCCGUAAAGUUCAUUGAUAAUCCAGAAGAAAAGGGAGCAGGGCGCAUAUUCAUGAAUAAUGUGCGAGGAUGGAUUGGAGGCUCAUUAGUUGGAUCUCUCAAGCUCUCAGGCGAAGAGAUUACCAAAGAAAAGUUUUCUGGAAAUGUUACUGACUGGUCUAUUGGCAAUUGGAGCAAUGCUGGUGAAACUUUAGAUAGAGAGCUUAAUAAUGUUGGCAAUAAAUAG